AUGCGAACUGGGUCUACAACACCACCAACAUCUUACAUCGAGCGAGUCCAAAACAAAUAUCUGUUUCAACAAUACUCAAUAAAGAAAAGAGAAAUAGAUAAAAGAAACCCUGGCCAAAAUAACGAACGUUUGCUCUACCAUGGCACCGACUUUGAAGCCAUUAAAGAAAUUAAUAAGUUUGGAUUUAACAGAAGCUACUGUGGCAAAAAUGACUUAGAUGGCCUCCACAGACUCUGCCUAGCUCGAGUUCUUGUCGGGAAAUCAAUUGAAACCUCUAAAGAAGUAAAAUACCUUCCAAAACGACCAGACUGUGAUGCGCUGUACGACUCUGGGAAAAACUCGAGUGAGAGCAUAUAUGUCAUUUUUAAUGAUAUUCAAGCUUAUCCUGAAUAUAUGUUAACUUUUAGUUUACCGAAGAAAAUGUAG